GCGCGAGCACAGGAAAACCAGGGCGGGAGCAAGGGGCGGAGGCGCAGCGCCGGCGGAGGCCGGGGCAUGGGGAGCGAGGCAGUGGAGCUGGCCUGAACUUUGGACCCUGUCUUCCAGUAGGAAAUCAGUGUCUCAGCAGGAGCUGAUCAUGGCCUCCAAACCUGAGAAGAGGGUGGCCUCCUCUGUCUUCAUCACCCUGGCACCCCCACGCCGAGAUGUAGCGGUGACUGAGGAAGUGGGCCCGGCAGCUUGUGAAGCCCGGCGCGCUCGGCCCUGGGAGACCCUGCCCACAAAGACACCUGGGGCCGCAGUGGGCAGGAGCCCCAAGACCUGGACGCCCCCUGGCAGGACCAAUGCCUUGCUCCCUGGGGUCCCACCUCAGCUCUCCAAUGGAGGAUGCUCUCUCCCACCUCCUUCCCUGAAUGAUGAGGACCUCGACCUCCUACCGCCCCCUCCACCGCCCCCUUCUGCCUACCUGCCUCUCCCGGAAGAGAAGCCUCCUGUCUUGCCGGGGACAUCGGAGACAUCACUCAUUUCUGACUUGGAGCAACUGCACCUGCCCCCUCCCCCACCUCCACCCCUGCUACAGGCUCCAUCAAAGGGAUUGUCUGUCCAGCCUCCGCCUGGUCACAUCAAACCCUUGGAAGAGGACCUUCCUCCUCCUCCAGAAGAGCCUGCCGCUCUUCCAGAGAGAGAAGCGUCCACAGAUGUCUGUGGUUUCUGUCACAAGCCCGUGUCCCCUCGAGAGCUGGCCGUGGAGGCCAUGAAGAGGCAGUACCACGCCCAGUGCUUCACCUGUCGUACCUGCCGCCGCCAGCUGGCCGGGCAGAGAUUCUACCAGAAGGACGGGCGCCCCCUGUGCGAACCCUGCUACCAGGAUACGCUGGAGAGGUGUGGUAAGUGCGGAGAGGUGGUCCAGGAACACAUCAUCCGGGCCCUGGGCAAGGCCUUCCACCCACCCUGCUUCACCUGCGUGACCUGCGCCCGUUGCAUCAGUGAUGAGAGCUUCGCGCUGGACAGCCAGAACCAGGUGUACUGUGAGGCUGACUUCUACAGGAAAUUUGCCCCUGUGUGCAGCAUCUGUGAGAAUCCCAUCAUCCCCCGAGACGGGAAGGACACCUUCAAAAUCGAGUGCAUGGGAAGGAACUUCCACGAAAACUGUUACCGCUGUGAGGACUGCAGCGUCCUCCUCUCUGUGGAACCCACUGACCAAGGCUGCUACCCGCUGAAUGACCACCUCUUCUGCAAGCCCUGCCACACGAAGCGGAGCGCCGCAGGGUGCUGCUGAGGAGUCCGGACGGACGGCCCUUCCCUGACUCAGUUUCCCCCUCCUGACCUCUCUUGCAUACUUUCCCUUUGAACCUCCCUGGGCGCCAGCCCACUGCUCAGCCCGUGGUGUCUAAAAAUGCAUGGGCCUGAGACCCUGGGGUUCGGCCUCCUAGUACACAGCACUCCCCAGACUUUCAACUCCUCUCCCUCCGCUAACCAGGAGGCCCCUCACCACCAGAAUGGGACCCUGGUCCAUCCCUAGUGCUGUCCUGACAUGUUUGUGGGGACGGGUCUCAGGGUGGUGCCUGUGUCUCUGACUGUGACGCUUCACUGCCUUAAAAAGAGAAGGUGCUGAGACCUCAGCUUAGAUUGGAGAACUGAGUUGUUUGAAGUGCGCCUGCCCAGCUGGUCCAAAAAAGUGUUUUUGUCUGAAAAUGUAUAAACUUGUGCUGGACAUGGUAGUGCACACCUUUAACCCCAGCACUUGGGAUGCAGAGGCAGGUGGAUUUCUAUGUUCAAGGCUGGUCUGAUCUACAGAGUGGGUUCUGUUUAAAGGAUGCAAAACAAUAUUCUUUGGAUUUGGGGAAGAGAAAUCUUUUAAUUUUUCAUUUCUUGUUUUUUUUUUUUCUUUCUUUUUUUGGUGGGGUAAAAUCAGUAACCAUCUUCCCGAGGUUCGGGGGCUUGCAAAGGUGGCUCAGUGAUUUAGAGUGUUUGUUCCCCUUGCAGAGGACCAGAGUUCAUUUCCCAGCACCCCCAUGGAGGCUCAUAACUACCUGUCCUGUAACUCCGGUUGUAGGAGAUCUGACGCCCCCUGCUGGCCUCCUUGGAACCUGAAUGCACGUGGUGUACACACUUAUACAUUCAGGCACACACACACAUUUAAAACAAUCUUUAGCCAGCGUACACCUUUAAACCCAGUACCUGGGAGGCAGAGGCAGGCGGACCUCUGCAUUUGCCGUCAGCCAGAGCUACAAUCUUAAAACAAAACAAAACAAAACAAAAAAGCCUAACUGGGUUUGCUGGUGCGUACCUGUGAUCCCAGUGCUAGAGAGAAUUUCCAGAAGCUUGAGACCUGCUUAGAUUACAGAUCAGUCUUGGCCACAUUCAGAGACUCUGUCUCAGAAAACAAUAAUAAUGACAAUAAUAAUAAUAAACCAUAAAUGCACGCGAACGUGAGGUAGUGGCGACCCAGCCUUCCUGCCUCUGGAACACCCGCCCGACUUGGGCUCAGGAGGAGAGGGAGGAUGGCCGGUGGCAGCCUCCACCUGCUGUGAGCUUUUGUGAGUAGCUCACAGACUUGGAUUAAGUGCCUUUGAUUUGCUAAGGAACAAGUUUGGGGCUGAGACACACACACACACACACACACACACACACUCCUGAACGAGGCCAGGGAAAGUCACAUCUCUUUGGUCACCCGUUUGUACCUCUUGGCCCCCACUUCAGCUCUGCAGCCAGGUCGCCCGUGACCACUGCCUCUGUGAGGCCACACCUAAAACAUUCUUCCUUUUAAAGAAAUUCACUCUAGGGCUGGCGGGAUGACUCCCGCUGGUCACCUUGCCUCCAAGUCUGAUGACCGGAGUUCUAUUUCUGGGACCUGCUCGGAAGGAGAAAAACCAAUUUGCAUAAGUUGUCCUCUGGUUUACACUUGCAGACCAAGAUACACAUUUGUGCACACGGUCACACACACACAUUUAAUAGAGAUAAAAUGUAAAGUAGAAAAAAAAACACUUUUGUGCUUUGUAACUUCUAAGUUGCACAUAGAAAAAUUAAACGUAUUUUCCUUCCUUG